AUGGAUGCUUUCUGUCUAUUCAUUUGGCAGGUAUUUGUGAACACAGUGUCUGUAGGAUUCUUGGACUAUGAAAGGAAGAAGAUUGUUAUUCCCUUGAUCCAGGGUUACACCAGGCUGAGGAUCUUGGUGGAGAAUCGCGGGCGAGUCAACUACGGGGAUAACAUUGAUGACCAGCGCAAAGGUUUAAUUGGAAAUAUCUAUCUGAAUGAUUCUCCCCUGAAAAAAUUCAGAAUCUACAGUCUGGAUAUGAAAAAGAGCUUUUUUCAGAGGUUCGGCGUCGACAAAUGGAGCCCUAUCCCUGAAGUACCUACGUUCCCUGCUUUCUUUUUGGGUGCCUUGUCAAUUUCCCUUUCCCCUUUUGACACCUUCAUGAAGCUGGAGGGCUGGGAGAAGGGGGUUGUAUUCGUCAAUGGCCAAAACCUUGGACGCUACUGGAACAUUGGACCCCAGGAGACCCUCUACCUCCCAGGUGCCUGGUUGGACCAAGGCAUCAACCAGGUUAUUGUUUUCGAGGAGAAGAUGGCAGGCCCUGUGAUACAGUUCACUGAGACACCUCACCUAGGCAGGAGCCAGUACCUUGAUUGAGUGGCGCCGUCCUGCGCCCCCUGGUGGCAGGAAGCAGGAGAGCACCACCAUCCUCCCAGCUGACCAGAGGCUGGUGCUCUGCUCCCUCACACGCUCCCAUGCAGGAGAGUCUCUUUAAGUAGCAUCCUCAGGCAGCCACGUGGCUACAGCAAGGCCCACCAAUUCAGUUCAAGACCCUAAAUUUGGAAGAACUAAGGAAGAAAAGUGGAAUAGGGAGGAGGGACCCCCUCCUUACCUAAGUGGCUUCGUGACUGGGCUUUGUUGCGGGCACCUUUCCUACUUCCCUUCUUUUCUGGGAGAUGAGAGAGGGAUGCCUCUCUAGGGUAGGAAUGUCUAAUCAGAUGUCCACGUGAUGAUUUCUGGGGCCCUAAGUUGGGCAUGACUUCUAGACACAAGUUUGCUCCUAUGAUGUUCUCACCUGUGCUCAGCCACGCCACUCCUGGCCCCUUUUCAUCUGAAACAGAAGGUUUGUCACCAUUUGUAGAGGAUAGGGAAGCUGGUGGAUGUCUCACCUGAAUCAUUUUUGUUCUUCUCAACCCUCCCCAAGCCUUCUCUGGGAUUCUGGAAGAAAUUCUGUUUGAGAGACACACACGUCUUCUCCUCAUUUCCACUCUAAUUGCAUCUGACAGGAUGACAAGCCAAGCUUAGGAGAAACAGAAAUACUCAGCCACUUACUUUCCUGAAUUAGAGAGUAUUUCCAGUUUUAUUCAGUGAGAAGAAGCAUCAGCUGAGGAGGGAAUGCAGAGCCUAGUAGGAACCACACCCUGAUCUGUAGGCCCAGCUCCAGGGGCCAGGGCAGGUAGUCUCCCCGGAAUGCUGGUGUAGCCACGGGGCCUGCAGGCCUAUCCCAGAUCUGCCGCCAGCUCAGUCUCUCUCCCUCAGCUUCCUGUAACUAAGCAGCAGGGAGGAGAGGCAGCCUUGCUUUGCAAUUGUCUGGCCAAGUUUGAGGCACUUGUUCUAGGGUUUGAAUCCACUGGGUUAGCUCUGGUUCACUGUCCUGAAUUGCAAUAAAGCAACACAGUUGAAGCAAACCCUUUUUGGUGAUACUUUUCUGAUCUGUCUGUGCCCCUGUUUAUCACAGACAAAGGCAUUGUGGGGUCAGGCACCCAUUUAGCCCAUCUGUUACUCAAGGCCUAGACACUGACUUUACCCGGUUAGGGGAUGAUCUAGCCCCUGACUCCUUACCACCUUCCUCCUGACCUUCAUUCUGCCUGAAAUGUCAUCAUGGAUCAGAAGUGCCCUUGGGGAGGAGAAGUCAUAUACAGAUCCGUUCUGGUGCUGGUGGGCAGGUGGUAAGAAUGGGCUGGAUAGCCAAGAGCUCUCCCUGUGAGUUAGCGGGUGAGUUUUCCUCACAUAUAACAUCUGGGCUGUACUGCCACAAAUGUAUUGUCUUCGAUAAUAAUCAAAGUUAGAUAGCCAACACCUCCUCGGGACAGUGCCCGCACCAGGAGCCCAUAAAGACCUUUGGGGAAUAGCAGGCCAUGAGGCUCCCAGCAGCCCCAUGGCUCACAUCUUGGGCUUGGCUAAAGAAGGGGGCAUUUGUAGUGUGAAGCCACUGGGCCCAAGAACUGAGCCUAGGUCAGGGACAGACAGUUACAAGGGGCUGGGCCCGAUGGUCCACUAUUGGCAGAGAAAUGGAGCUUAUUAAAGUGAAUUUCAUGGACAAUGGUUGGGGAGCCAGAUACAGGUAAAGUCCCCAGUCUUGCUCAAACUCAUCUGCUAUUCCUGAACUGCCUUGGAAUGGAAAGCACAGAGCUAACACACAGGUGAGACCAGGGCUUGGGCAUGGCCAGCACUGGGGAGCA